CUCUCACUGAUGUUUCUCUCUCUCUUCCUCUCCCUUUAUCUCUGAAUCAAUAACAAAUAUAUUUUUAAAAAACAAAGUGUGGUCCGUGGACCAGUAGCAGCAGCGCCCAAGUGCUUGUUAGAAAUGCAGAAUUGCAGGCCCCAUCCCAGACUUCCUAAAGCAGAACCUGGAAUUAAAGUUUCCCAGGUGCUUUCUAUGAACAUCAAAAUUUGAAAAGCACUAAGAUUUCUUGAGGAGGACGAGCUUGAAGGCCAUGAUGAAUAUGAGGGAGGAGGGCCGGACGCGGAGAUGGGGCCUGAGGAUUCUCUUGGAGCGCCGGGACAGAGCGGGCAAGGAGCGCAAGGUGGCCUCUGCCGGGCAGCCCCGAACAAGGGGACAAAAUCAACCGCGCAGGGCUCGAGGUCGCCCGAAGAGAGGGCGCUGGUCUGCCGCCGCUGCCACGCACCAUCCCUUCUACCGCGUCCGCCCCAAUCCGCCAGUGCGGGGCUUCUGGCCGGCCACCGGCCGUGCCCGAUUGGGUUCGACGGACCUAGUUCGGCUGCUAAGGCCUGGAGCUUCCCGGGAGCCGGCAGCCAAUCGGGAGGCGGGAGAAAGCUGGUUGCCCGCCUUCUGGGCGCGGCGUCACCGGACUCGCCGCCUCGCAGGCUCCAGGUUAGCUGUAGGUUCCUGCCUCGGCCCCGGCCCGGGCCGGCUCUCCGCCUGCGGCAGGACGCGGAGGACAGCACUCAGUAAGCUCGUAGCGUCGGAAGCGCAGGUGACCCAAGUGAUCCGGACAGCGCCACCCGGCGGGACGCUCCGGCCGCCCAAGGACUUUUGGACUCGAUCGGUUUCCGUCGUUGGGGUGGCCACAGGACCUCAGGGAAUUGUGGACUUUGUAGUUCCGGAUUCUGCGUGGAACCCAGGCUGGAGCCCCAUUUCCGAAGAGGAGUAGAAGCGAAGUUCUAAAUUUAGUACCGGCCGCGGGAGCCGGCGGACCUUUAAACCCUGGAAACUAC